CCUGGGGGUUGAUCAUUAAUCCAGUGCCUACAUAAAGACAGGAGAGGGCAUCCUUAGGAAGGGAGCAGAGCCUCCUGAAGCCAUGGCUACCACAUUGAGUCCCAGCACCACGCCUCAGACUGAGGAGCCUCCUGUAUUGUCAGAGCGCAUUCGGAAUGCUGCGGACAUCUCUGUCAUUGUCAUCUACUUUGCAGCGGUGCUAGCUGUGGGGCUGUGGGCAAUGGUGAGAAGCAACAGAGGCACUGUUGGAGGCUUCUUCCUGGCUGGUCGUGACAUGGCCUGGUGGCCGAUGGGCGCCUCUCUCUUCGCCAGUAACAUUGGCAGUAACCACUUCGUGGGCUUGGCUGGAACAGCAGCAGCUUCAGGAAUCGCUAUUGCGGCCGUGGAAUGGAAUGCCCUGCUUAUGGUGCUGGUUCUUGGGUGGGUGUUUGUCCCCAUCUACAUCAAGGCAGGGGUGUUGACCAUGCCAGAGUAUCUCAGGAAGAGGUUCGGUGGGAAGAGACUGCAGAUCUACCUUUCUGUCCUCUCCCUCUUCAUCAUGGUGGCCAUUCACAUUUCGUCGAACAUAUUUUCCGGAGCAAUAUUCAUCCAAUUGGCCUUAGGAUUGAACCUCUACCUGGCGGUCUUCAUCCUCUUAGCUAUCACUGCUUUUUACACAGUGGCUGGGGGCUUGGCCUCAGUGAUCUACACAGACUCUCUACAGACUUUCAUCAUGCUGGUUGGCUCUUUAAUUCUCAUGGGGUUUGCAUUUGCUGAAGUCGGAGGCUAUGAGAGCUUUACAGAGAAGUACAUGAAUGCCAUCCCCUCUAUAGUCGAGGGGGACAACCUGACGAUCAGCCCCAAGUGCUACACUCCUCAGCCAGACUCCUUCCACAUCUUCCGAGAUCCUAUCACUGGAGACAUUCCAUGGCCAGGACUGAUGUUUGGAAUGACCAUUUUAGCCAUCUGGUACUGGUGUGCAGAUCAGGUCAUUGUACAGCGCUGCUUAUGUGGCAAGAACAUGUCCCACAUGAAGGCUGCCUGCAUCAUGUGUGGCUACCUGAAGCUGCUGCCCAUGUUCCUCAUGGUGAUGCCAGGCAUGAUCAGCCGAAUUCUGUACACAGAUAAGGUGGCCUGUGUUGUGCCUUCUGAGUGCGAGAAACAGUGUGGCACUGCAGCCGGCUGCACCAACUAUGCCUACCCCACCUUGGUCCUGGAGCUGAUGCCUAACGGACUGCGAGGCCUGAUGCUGUCAGUCAUGUUGGCUUCUCUCAUGAGCUCCCUGACUUCCAUCUUCAACAGUGCCAGCACCCUCUUCACCAUGGACCUGUACACCAAGAUAAGGAAGAAGGCGUCAGAGAGAGAGCUCAUGAUAGCCGGACGGGUAUUUGGCAUCAUGAUGAUUGUGAUCAGCAUCCUGUGGGUCCCACUGGUCCAGGUGGCACAGAAUGGACAGCUCUUCCACUAUAUUUCCUCAUUUUCUAGCUACAUUGGGCCUCCUCUUGGCGCUGUCUACACUCUUGCCAUCUUCUUCAAAAGGGUCAAUGAACAGGCUAAUAAGAGGCUGUUCCUGGUGCUGCUGACCAUCCUGACCUCCAUUGAAGUAGAUGGAGUAACUGCCUGA